AUGGCAGCCCUUUUGUGCUUCAUAUGUUGGGUUUCACCUAUCCAAGCUUAUAAAAGGCUCAGAAAGAAUGGUUUUGAAGGUCCAAAACCAAAUUUUCCUUUGGGGAACAUUGAAGAGAUGAGAAAAAAGGAGAAAACAGAUUCUCUUUUUGAUCAAUCUAUAGAUGUAACCCAUAACAUCCAUUCAAGUGUGUUUCCUUACUUUGCUAGGUGGAGAAAAUUAUAUGGAAAAGUAUUUGUGUAUUGGCUUGGGACGGAGCCAUUUCUAUAUGUUGCAGAGCCUGAAUUUCUGAAGCAGAUGUCAUCAGUAGUGAUGGCCAAGAACUGGGGAAAGCCUAAAGUGUUUAAAUAUGAUAGAACGCCUAUGUUUGGGAAUGGACUAAACAUGGUGGAAGGAGAUGAUUGGACUCACCAUCGUAGCAUCAUUGCACCUGCAUUGUCACCAGCCAACCUCAAGGUCAUGGCAAGCUCAAUGGUGGAAUCUACCAAUAAGAUGUUAGACCAGUGGUCUACACUCAUUGCCUCCGGCGAGCCCACCAUCGACGUCGAGCGACACGUCAUAAGUACGGCUGCAGAGAUCAUUGCAAAGACAUCUUUUGGAAUCAAUGACGACAAUGGUAGCUUAGUGUUUCAGAAGCUAAGAGACCUGCAAAUCUCUCUCUUCAAGUUUAAUCGCUUGGUUGGUGUUCCCUUCAGCAAGCUUAUGCAUCUUAAGAAGACCUCAGAGUCAAGAAAGCUAGGAAAGGAGAUCGAUAGUCUCCUUUUAUCGAUCAUAGCUUCUAGGAAGAGAGAUCAUCAUCAUCCUCAACAAGACUUGCUAGGGCUUCUACUUGCAGACUCGGAGAACAAUAACCAAGUUGAUGGGCAACAGGGCAAGAAGAAGAAGAAGCUUACGGAGAGAGAGCUGGUGGACGAGUGCAAGACUUUCUUCUUUGCGGGUCAUGAGACUACGGCUUUGGCCAUCACAUGGACAUUACUACUCUUGGCCUUGCACCCUGAGUGGCAAGAAUAUCUGAGGGAAGAGAUCAAAGAAGUUACUGGAGAUGGUCCCCUUGAUCCCAUCAUGCUUCCUCGACUAAAGAAGGUAAUAACUUCUGCUCCACCCUGCCUUCAUGUGGUUCCCACCACACAUCGGGAUCCACCAUUCAUGGGGUCUACGAUCUACCAACAGCAUGCUGCGGGAAGAGGCCAAUGUUGGUCUUAG